UUGCUGCCCUAUGCCAAAGCACGCUAAUGUUCCCGCCUAGAAUAUUUGGUUUUGAGGGCUUCGGGCGUUGGGGGAGAACGGAAGCGAGACGGUCGUGGCAGGGACAGGGCUCUUCUUGCAGUGGUGGGCAAAUGCACGACAUGAGAGUAAGAUGAUGCUUGUCAUGCUCGUGGACUAGCCGUGGGAACUCCCCGAUAGAACGGGACACAAACCGCCCAUUCCAUGCCUCGUUUGUUGUGUGUUGAAUGUCACGUAACGAGGCACCCAGAACCUCCACACCUUUCAUGUGUAGUUUACAACAAUAGGAAACCCCGCAUGGCUCUAUUGCCAUGAUUAUUACUAUCGCGUGCUUUUCCAAGUAUACCUGUUUUGAUUUUCUAUGAAAAGCUGUGACUGUACUACUUUGGCUACGUGAGUAAGUACAUACUCACACGAGGCCAACUCAGAGCAAAGAUCAAGCAAGGACUUGCCUGCCUGCUAGGCAGCUAUUUGCUGUCGAGUCACCCACUGUAUCAGUAUCAGACCUACAGAUGACUAUAUUCGGCUUGCAGCCCAAGAGUCAACACGUCGAUUGUAGUAUAUAUAUCUGCUUCCCAUGUCCAUAUCGGACUCUUGCAUAUGCUGUUCCUGCAGCCGUUUGUCCACCAUUCCCGCUGCUGCCGCCUGCUACGUCACUCACCAAGACCCCUCACUACCACCACCACUCAAGCUCAAGGUCGACCGAUCGAUAACACCCCGCACUCGCCAACGUGCGCAACCCUUUGUUACUCGAUCCACCUUCCUUCACCUCCACACAAAGCAACAAAUAAACAUGCCACACGGCUCCCCCAAGAUGCACUCGCCAACUCACCACUCUGAGCGCCCCAAGGGGAUCCUCAAGAACUCAAGUUCCUAUCAGGGACAGCCACAGACAUCUCCCAUAGCCCAAGACAUCCCGAUGCCACAAUCACCCCCCAGCGAACGACCUGCUAUCGGCCGCGAGCUCUCCGAGAAAGAGAUUGUCCUUGAGAAUACCUUGCGCAACGCGGGACCUCACCGCCGCUCUUCCUCGAACCCCCACGGACCUGGCUCACGUCGCCAAUCUGGCACAAGCGUCCAGGCCGACGAAAACGAGCCGAGGCUGAAAUGGGACGAGGCCAAUCUAUAUCUUACAGAGCAACAGCGAGACAGUACUAUGAAAAUCACCGAGCCCAAGACUCCUUACGCCAAGCAGUACGACCCUAUGGAGGAUGAGGAGGAAAUUGAGAUGCUAAACGCGGAGGAGCUCAAGGUCGAUGAGCUUGACAAGCCAAAAACAUGGAAGCCCAAGAUGGAAGACAUCCCCGACUUCGAUUUGGGUGAACCGGGCUUGGAAGCUAGGACUUCCCAAACCCCAGAGGGCGAGAAGCGAGUUGUUGUCGACCCGGAUGCUGAGGCCGAUGCCAGUCGCCACGACGAACAGUUCGCGCACAUGACCCCGGAGGAGCAAGAGAAGCACAGGAAAUUCGAAGAUUUGCGGAAAAAGCACUAUGAGAUGAAGAACGUCAAGGAUCUACUCGGUCAUCCUGAAAUGGACGAUGAUGACGAUGACGAACAAUCUGGAAGGGUUCCCCCACUGCCUAACGGCCAGAACUGA